AUGUCAAAAGAUCAAAAGCUCAGGAUUGUCUGUAUCUCUGAUACUCAUGGGUAUGCACCUGGUGAAGGAUAUGUGUUACCCAAAGGCGAUAUCCUGAUACAUGCUGGCGAUCUCACGAACCAAGGGAGCCUCAGCGAAAUUCAAAAGGUAACCAAGUGGCUGAGCAACCUAGAUUUCGCAGCUAUAAUUACCGUCGCUGGCAACCACGACUUAUCGCUUGAUCCGGAAUACGCGCUGAGGUACGACACGGGCUGGAAAGUGGUACCGGAAGAUGUCGAAGCUUGUAGAAGCCUAUUGAUGGACAAUCCGAAACUCACGUAUCUGCAGCAUUCCGAUGCUGUGAUACAGUUGCCUGAGAAGGAUGUGCAACUUCGUGUCUUUGGCUCACCGUUCUCACCGGAUAGAGGAAGGCAGAAUUGGGCUUUUCAAUAUGAUCCGAGCGCGGCAGUGCCAAUUUGGGACGAUGUCAAAGCAGAUACCGACAUACUGAUCACACACACGCCACCUGCAGGUGUCUGCGAUGAGAGCGUGCACUGGGAGGCUGGGGGCUGUCUUGCAUUGAGGGACAAGCUGAGCCAGAUCAGGCCGUUGCUUCAUGUUUGCGGGCACUGCCACGAAGGGCGAGGCGCCGCUACCCUCGACUGGGAGGAAGAUAGUGUCCAGGUGUGGAAAGACGAGUCCGUCGGCAGCAAGAAGUUGUCUCUGGUGAAGUUCGUGGGGAAGAGGGUUGGUAGCGCUACGGCCGUGGUCAAUGCGAGCAUCAUGGGGAAGUCGCAUGGCCGCGGAUCGAAGGUAUUCAACAAGCCGGUUGUCAUCGAUUUAUCCGUACCGCGCCGUAACUCCGAUGGCGCAAAUGCAUAA